AUGUUGGCAACAAAGUUUUACAAUAAACUUUAUGACUUGCAAGGUAGAAACGUCACCAUAGGCGUGGUAGAUUAUGCUCCAUAUUGCGUGACAACUAAAGCAGAGACAAAUCAAGGAAAUGUUGACGCAUUCAAUUCAAGUUUAUCGAAAGAACUCUUUGUUCGAGGCACCGAAGGAAGUUUGAUAGUUGAGUUCUGCAAAAUGAGGAACUGUAAUAUUCGGUUGUCUCCAUCAAACGGAAGUUUCCAUCUCCUGUUUUUUUAUACCUGGCACCAUCAUUUCCUGGAUAGCAGUCAAUAUAUUGCAAAAUCUAGUGUUACCUUAAUGGUUCCGAGAGCCAAGCUGCUUCCGAUGUCGUUGACUAUCAUUUACCCUUUCGACUACUGGGUAUGGGUUUCCAUAUUCAUUAUGCUAGCAGUAAUGACAGCUAUCCACCAUCUCAUAACCAGUUUAAAUUUCAAACACGGCAACAAAUCGGCACAGCCACCAAUUGAGAAAUCAAUUUUCGAUAUGAUCUCCAUCUAUUUGGAUCAAGGCAUUUUUCCAAAUUCUGUUUCCUCGUCAUAUCGCUGGUUGAUAGCGUUCGUUCUCAUAUCUGGGGUUGUAUUGAGCAACAGUUAUUCCAGAGGCUUGGCAAGUGUCCUGACCAUCCCAAAGUACGGCAAGUCAAUUGAAACUAUUCACAAUUUUGUACAAACUACUUUUCGCUGGGGUGAUCCGUCGUAUACCUGGAUUUUGUCCUUGAUUGGAGCGGAUUCGUAUGACAUCCAGCAGGUGGUGAAACAAUUUGACGAGGUUCCUGAUGAACAGGAACUGUACCAACGUUCACUAGCAGGAGACUACGGUGUUGGUGUUGAGUUACUCAACAGUGGCAAUUACGCUUUUGGUUCGUACAUUAGGGAUGAUAAUUUGCCAUCCUCGUUGGGUAUAUGCGAUCGUGAAGGCAAAGUAGGCAGCUUCUUGCAUCAUAUGAAACGAGGCAACAUUGUCAGCCCGAACAGCUUUAUUGUAGGAAACAAAACGUGUCCCGAAGUAAAGGUGCUCGACUGCAAGCAAUUGCGGUCAGCAUCGAUCAUCGGUGGCAAAACAGUAUACACUCCGUCAGACUCGUUUCGAGUUACGUUCGCCGGGUCUGCACUACCAAGCCACGUCUCGAUCCACCGGGUUCGUCUCCCUGUGAGGCUCUACUGA